UUUGACACAAACUUUAGGGAUAAAUAUUUUGGAGAGUUGGUAACACUGGUUUUUGCUUUGAGUCGAGAUCCUGAAUAAUCUACUGGCCUCCUUGCUACCAGUGACUGUUUCUGUGAGAAACUCAACGUAUUAUCAUGUCUCAAGUGAGAAAGUGUUGUGUUGUUGCUUGCAAUGCUACCAGCGAGACUCAUCGUCUUUUUUACUUGCCAAAGAACGAUAAAUUACGAGAAUUGUGGUUGACUUUCUUGAUUCCUGUGAAUGUAAAGCUCAGUGGUUUGUCGAAGGCACAAUUAGUGACUAAACAAGUAUGCCAAAAGCACUUCGACAGACAUCAGUUUGACAAUCAGGGCAACCGGCUUGCGCAUGGUUAUCCAUGCUUGUUUACUGAAGAUGAAAUACUUCACGGAGUUCCUUUGAGCACAUUAGCUGAACAUGACUUGAGGGAUCAUAAUUAUGCUUUACAACCAACCAACUUGGAAGAUACAACCGUUUUCACUGAAAGUACCAUUGUUAUUGCUAAAGACUCCAUGAAAGAUCAUGACUAUGCUUUGAGUUAUCAAAUCGAAGGGUCUGUCGACCUUGCAGAAGGGACAUCAACUAAUGUGAAAACUGACGGUAAAUGUAAUCCUACUGUAUCAGAAAUGCAAACACAUGAAACAUUGGAAAUUCUUGACAACCAGCCUGUAUCAAUAUUAGGAACUGUAUCAACAGAUUUGAAACACAGUGGGCAGCAAAUUAAAAGUAAAGGAACACCAAGGAAAUAUCUUGUUAAAGGAAGAGGUACAGUAUUAUUUAUAUAGCACACAUUUUUACUGUAUUAUUUUAAACACAGAGAUAAAACUAUUGACACAGGAGUAGGUGUAAGGAAAGAACCUCUUGAAGACCCACUAAUAAUAAUGGAAUUUGCAUUGUAGUUUAUUUUUUAUAUGUUUUUGUGUGCAAUAAAGCAUUAUAAAUAAAUAAAACAAACCCAUAGAAACAGAUAAAGCUAGUGAUCUCUAACAACAAUAUACCAGGGGAAACAGGAGACAGAAGCACUUCAUAGAAAGUGUUUUUUAAAGUUAGAAGGGUCAGAGGUUCCUCACGUAGGUGUAGUCAUGGGCGUCUGCUUGUUUCUAUUGCAUAUAUUAACUAAAUAAUCAACCCACAUUAAGCGCAAAAAAAUGGCAGGAGUUAUUGGAAAUCUCACAAUGUUUGAACCAAAUGCUCAAAACUGGGAGUUGUUUGGGAGCAAAUUGAAACAGUUUUUAGCACUUAAUAAAAUAGAAACGAGUGAAGAAAAAAGGGCCGUGUUAAUAACCCACCUAUCGGAUGACGCGUAUAGAUUGCUGAUCAACUUGGUGCAUCCGGGUAACGUAGAAGAAACCGAAUACGAUGUGUUAAUUAAAACUUUUAAUAAGCAUUUCUUGCCGCGACGAUCUACGUUUGCCGAUAAAGAUAGGUUUUAUAGUGCCGCGCAAAUGGCGGGAGAAGCACUAGAAGACUUUGCAGCCCGAUUGAGGGGACUAUCAGUGUACUGCAACUUCGGGGAGGCGUUGGAUGUGCUGCUUCGUGACCGUUUUGUACUCGGGUUGGCGUUGGGACCGGAACGGGAUCGCCUUUUCGAAAAAGACGCGAGUAAUUUGACGUUUGCGAAUGCAUUGGAGUUGGCACAAAAGGUGUCGUGUGCACGCAAGUCCAAGGCGGCGACUGCAACGGGGACGAGCCAAGAAGGAGCAGAAGUUGGUAUAAAAGAGGAGCCUUUGUACCACGGGAACAUCAGCAAGUGGCGUAACCGCGCUCCACGAACCAGACGAGACGUAGCUGUCACCGAGCCGGAGGAUGACGCGCGUCCUAAAUGCGAAUCGUGUGGGCUACGUAAUCACCUUUCAGAAAAGUGUUUUUUUCGUUUUCACAAGUGUAAACGGUGUUUGGAAAUAGGCCACAUUUCUAAGGCCUGUGCUGUUAAAAAAGGUCAAAAGGUUAAUAAUAUGCAUAUAGAAUCAAUGCCGGAAGAAAAUGUAUCGGACGGCUGUAACGGGUCGUGCGAAGAAUGUCAGGUAUUCAGUUUAAGGUGCGUAAACAAUAAUCCUAUAUUAAUACCGGUGUUAAUUAAUAAUAAUGUACGCUUAGAUAUGGAACUAGACACCGGUUCGAGCACUAGUGUUAUUUCGGAUGAAUUGUAUUAUAAAUAUUUUUCUUAUUUAACCUUAAGCAAAUGUUUGAUUAAGAUUUGUUUUUAUAACGAACACAAAAUCACUCCUAUGGGCUGUGUGGACGUUCAAGUAACUUACUCAAAUUGCACAAAAAAAUUAACAUUCUAUUUAUUUAUUUAUUUAAUACACUUUAUUUGUACACCACAAAAAUAAAAGAAAACA